UGUAGUCUUCAGCCCACUUCCCCCCUGUGCCUCAGCUGUUCCGUUCGAUUCGUCUAAGCUCUGUUGGGAUCGUCACAAUCGUGCCUCACUAGCACAGGAUCUGCUUGUUGGGGAAAAAUUAUGAUGUCCGCGCCGCAAUGACGACACCCGACCGACACGGUAGAUCCUAGCAUGAACGGAGCGCGUAGUUGGUUUGCCAGCUCCAAUCGGCAAGCGAGAAGGAUAAUGAUGGGAAUUGAAGCCUGUUGCUCAAAAGGACUUCAACUCCCGACAAGAGAAGGAUAACAGCCGCCGGUCUUCGGUGGCAUAUAGCCUAACAGCGUCCCACAGUGGGUUCAGUAGUUCUCGGGAAGUCGGACGGUUCGGUCGCAAAAAUUGGCCUGGUCUUAAAGGCUUAUGGUGAUUGGUCAUUCAAUUGAAAUUUGGUGAACCUUUGGAUAUAAGGUGGAAAACUAUACUAUAUUGGAAAGUGAUAAAAAAAAAUUUGGAAACUAAUUGGAUAGAUACCGCACUUGGAUACGAGGUGGAUGGCAUAAUAAAAUAAUGUGUCAAUGAGCUGGUGUCCAAAUAUAGUCAAAGGGGAAAAAAUAAAAUCUACAAUCGAUACCGAUUGCACCAAACAUGGACAGCCGAGAGUUUCGCCGUCGUGGUACCGAAAUGGUGGAGUACAUCUGCAACUAUCUGGAAACGCUGGAGCAACGGCGAGUGACGCCCAGCGUUGAGCCGGGAUACCUGCGACAUUUGUUGCCCGGUGAGGCACCCGAGGAUCCGGAACCGUGGGAAAAGAUCAUGGAGGACGUGGAGAGCAAAAUCAUGCCCGGAGUGACACACUGGCAGCAUCCGCGGUUUCACGCGUAUUUUCCGUCGGGCAAUUCGUUCCCAUCGAUUCUGGGCGAUAUGCUGAGCGACGGGAUCGGAUGCAUUGGGUUUUCGUGGGCUGCCAGUCCGGCGUGUACCGAGCUGGAAACCAUCGUGCUGGAUUGGUUGGGCAAGGCCAUCGGGCUACCGGAUCAUUUUCUCGCACUAAAACCGGGCAGCAAAGGAGGCGGUGUGAUUCAGACAUCCGCCUCGGAAUGCGUUCUGGUAACGAUGCUGGCCGCCCGGGCACAGGCCAUCAAAUAUCUCAAGCAGCAGCACCCGUUCGUCGAGGAAGGCCAUCUGCUGUCCAAGUUGAUGGCCUACUGUUCCAAGGAGGCCCAUAGCUGCGUGGAGAAGGCUGCUAUGAUUUGCUUCGUUAAAUUGAGGAUUUUGGAACCGGACGAAAAUUGCUCCCUUCGGGCGGACAUACUGGUUAAGGCCAUGGAGGAAGACGAACAACAAGGUUUGAUUCCGUUUUUUGUGUCCACAACGUUGGGUACUACUGGGUCUUGUGCUUUCGAUGACAUCAACGAAAUUGGAGAAGCCCUGCAGCGGUUUCCGAGCGUAUGGUUACACGUGGAUGCCGCGUACGCCGGCAACUCUUUCAUUUGCCCGGAGCUGAAGUAUUUGCUGAAAGGAAUCGACUACGCCGAUUCGUUCAAUACAAAUCCAAACAAGUGGCUGUUGACCAACUUUGACUGCUCGACGCUUUGGGUACGUGACAGAAUUCGACUGACGUCGGCUUUGGUGGUUGAUCCCCUGUAUCUCAAACAUGGAUACUCGGAUUCGGCGAUCGACUACCGCCACUGGGGUGUACCGCUGAGUCGUCGCUUUCGGUCCUUGAAGUUGUGGUUCGUUCUGCGGAGUUACGGUAUCACCGGGCUGCAGAACUACAUCCGCCAUCACAUAGAUCUGGCGAAACGGUUCGAGAGGUUGGUGUUGAAGGACAAUCGCUUCGAGGUGUGCAACGACGUCAAGCUUGGUUUGGUGUGCUUCCGAUUGAAGGGUUCGGAUCGGAUCAACGAGAAACUGCUGAGCAGUAUCAAUGCGUCCGGGAAGAUUCAUAUGGUUCCGGCAUCGGUGAACGAGCGAUAUGUGAUUCGUUUCUGCGCCACGGCACAGAACGCCAUGGUAGAGGAUAUCGAUUUCGCCUGGGAUGUAAUCACCGACUUCGCUGCAGAAAUCCUCGAGAAGGAACAGGCCGACGAGGUAACGGAGAUCGUCGAUCGCCGCAAGACACACACCUUGGCCCAGAAACGCUCGUUCUUCGUUCGCAUGGUGAGCGAUCCAAAGAUCUACAAUCCGGCGAUCAACAAGGCGCAAACGCCACGACUGUCAGCUGAAGCCACAACACCGUCCACCGACGGAACGGUGGUGACGGUUCAGUCCCCGAAAACUCCAGGAUCUGCAUCCUGGAUCAGUUGGCCGUUGGCUUUCCUGUUUGCAAACUCUGAUGACGGUCCCAAGAACGAUAUGCCAUUGAGAUUCCGUCAUCUUGACACCAUGGUUCGAUUGUCCGCAUCCAGGCGUAAUUCGGCAACUGGCGGAGGAUCAUCUCCCUCGCCCGAAGGCGAAAAUGGCAUUGUCUUAGCAAAGUCCCCCAAACGAUCACCGAUCAUGGUACGGAGACGAGGUACAUCACCAAGCAAUCAGCCCAAUGCUGGAAAUGGCUCAACCAAGUAGGGGACGUUCCACUAGAAGACAAUGUAAACGAAUCUAUUGGUCUGCCGUAGUCCUGAUGUUAAAGAUAUCCCUAGCCAUGUCCCCUCUUAGACCGAUGGUGCAGUAGAUCCCAUCAGACCCACUCGCAGCUAAAGAAUCCCAACCCAAUUAUUCGUCCGAUCAGAAUCUAAUUAUAAGCGACCAAAUUAGAAGUCGAAGAUUAUUUAGCGGAGGGGCGCGCUGGCGUCCUAAAUUUAGCACAUAGCUGGAAAUAUAUUAUACUACUCAUGCCAAACUA